AAUCAUUAGUGUCAAAAUAAUUUUCUGUAAACUGGGAUAUGGAGUUCUCAUUUCGAUCGACAUUAAUUUUAGGACUUUUAAUUCUGCAGGAAAGUUUGGCUGGAAUACCUUCAAGUAUUCAAAAAUGUCGUCCAGCAGAUGUAGUUUGCAUAGCAAAAACCACCACUAAGAUUUUGAACGACUAUCCAAAUGGCAAUGCAGAACUCGGUUUGCGACGAAUCGAACCAAUUCAUUUGGAUGAAAUGGUAGUUGCUAGAACCAAUGGUAAUAAUCCACUAAAUUUAAACUUCAAAUUUACUAAUCUGGAUGUGUUUGGACUGUCAAAAUUAAACGUCACCAAGGUGGUUGGUUUCGAAAAAGAUUUAAAGAAAUCGAAAUUUGAAAUGUAUGUAAUAAUUCCUGAGUUAAGAAUUAAAGGUCAUUACGAAGCAAAUGGAAGAAUUCUGUUACUGCCGAUCGUAGGCAAUGGAACUGCUGAUUUGCAAUUGAAGAAUUUUAAAAGUGGUGUUAAGUUAAAGUUUGCAAUAAUUAAGGAGGACGGAAAGGAAAGAAUAUCAAUUUUGAAAAUGAAAGUCCACAAUGAGCCUGAACUAAUGAGCAUAAAACUAGAUAACUUAUUCAAUGGCAAUAAGGCUGUAGGUGACGAACUUAACAAAGUCAUCAACGACAAUUGGCGAGAUGUUUGGACAGAGUUGGAAAGCGGCAUAAAUGAAGGAUACUCAGACAUUAUAAAAUUAUUAUUAAGUGAAGUCCUACAAGUGAUUUCUUAUGACGAAUUUUACAUUGAUUGAUUUUAAUUCAAAUCCCAAAGUAAUUUUUUACUGAUGCUGCUUCUUUUGUAGAAUGUGUUGUAAUAAAUGAGCCCUAACAAAUAUAA